CACACUGUGUUUUCAUCCCGCCCUUCACACUGGCACACACACAUAUCAGUGGAACCGCUCGGUCAGGGUCAUUUAUUUAAAUCCAGUGUUAUUUCUGCAUGUCGGAAAUUGUUCUGUUUUUCUGCCCUGAUGGAUAAAAUGAUUUCGCGCGGGCUUUUGUGUGUGUUGCUGUGUUCGUUGAGCUCGUCGGCGCGUGAACACAGUGAUGUGCUCAAGCUGACAGACGCGGACUUCGACUACCUCGCGCCCGAGCACGAGACCCUGCUGGUGAAGUUUUAUGCCCCAUGGUGUGGUCACUGUAAGAAACUUGCCCCAGAGUUUGAAAGUGCAGCUUCUCGACUGAAGGGCACAGUUGCUUUAGCUAAGGUGGACUGUACCGCUAAUACAGAGAUCUGUAAGCACUACGGGGUCAAUGGAUACCCAACACUCAAAAUAUUUCGUAACGGACAGGAAUCAUCUUCGUAUGAUGGGCCGCGCUCCGCUGAUGGAAUCGUGGAGUAUAUGAAGAAACAGGCCGGUCCUGAUUCUGUGCUUCUGCAUAGUGAGCAUGAUCUAGAGAAAUUCAUCAACCAUUUUGAUGCCAGUGUAGUUGGGUUGUUCUCAGGGACUGACAGCUCUCAGCUCGCUGAGUUUCUUAAAGGAGCCAGUUUAAUGAGGGAGAGCUUCCGCUUUGCCCACACCACAGACCUCCAGCUUGGACAGAAAUAUGGUGUCACGCAUGAAUCCAUUCUUCUGUUUCGAGCGCCCAGACUGAGCAGUAAGUUUGAGGAGAGUGUGGUUCCUCACACAGGAUCACUGUCCGUCACAGGCCUGCGUCGCUUCAUCAGAGACAACAUUUUUGGGCUCUGUCCGCACUUGACCAAAGAGAAUAAGGAUGUACUAAGGAAGAGGGAUUUACUGACUGCUUACUAUGACUUGGAUUAUCUUCACAACCCCAAAGGCUCCAACUAUUGGAGGAACAGAGUGCUGAAGGUGGCAACUAAGUUCAGUUCUCAGGGCCUGCUGUUCUCCGUGGCGAACCGUAAUGACUUUAUGGAGGAGCUGGAAGAAGAGUUUGGACUGAGUGCAUCAGAUGGAAAUGAGUUGCCGUUUGUCACCCUCAGGACACGAACAGGAGACAAAUACAGUAUGAGGGAGGAGUUUACACGAGAUGGCAAAUCACUAGAGAGUUUUCUAGAAGACUAUUUUGCUGGCCGACUCAAGCGUUACGUCAAAUCCGAGCCUGUUCCUGCCAUAAACAAUGGAGUGGUUAAGGUGGUUGUGGCAGAUACGUUUGAAGAAAUCGUCAAUGACCCAGAGAAAGACGUGCUGAUCGAGUUUUAUGCUCCAUGGUGUGGCCAUUGCAAGAAACUGGAGCCCAAAUACACAGCACUUGGAGAAAUGCUAUACAGUGAUCCAAAUAUUGUAAUCGCCAAGAUGGAUGCAACUGUCAACGAUGUUCCUGCAGGCUAUGAUGUGCAAGGAUUUCCUACAAUAUAUUUUGCUGCUGCUGGGAGAAAGAGUGAGCCAAAAAGAUAUGAGGGAGCUCGUGAAGUGAAGGAUUUCAUCAACUUCCUGAAGCGUGAAGCUACCAAACCUCUUAUUCUCAAUGGAGUCAAGGAAGAACUGUAAGUGGUAAAGGGAAAUAUUUAAAGGAAAAAAAGACUUUUGCAGGAUUCUGUUUAGCCAUAUACAAACAUCACGUGAACUGGCAGCAGUCAAGUAAUAAAACCGACUGCACAUUAUACAACGAUCUUACGUCUACAUGAUGAAAAAUUGAGCAGAUUGCGGGUUGUCUAGUUACUCAUGUUGUUUUUGGUCUUUGUUGCAUGCGCUUCAUAUUUCCAUUUGCAGAUCUACAUUGUCACCAUUUUUUUAAAGAUGUGUUUACACUAAUAUCCAUGCCUCGUGUGCUGGGUAAAACUAUCAGAUCUCAUGCAGUAGGUUGGAUUGAUUAAAACCCUAUUUUGUUUGGCGUCAGUAAAUGAAGACGUUAUCUAUGUUUACAUUUCAUACAUAUUUGUUACUGAAUUAAUGAGAAGGCACCUUUUCUUUAUUCUGUACUCUUUUGUUGUUCUUAAAAGUACAAAUCCCUGUUGUGGGUUGGCCUUUUUAAUGUUUGAUUUAGGUUGGUCGUGAGAUGGAUGCAGUAGACAAUGUAAAUGUCCAUCUUUUUUUCUCCCCACACAUUGUACACAUGCCUUAAAGUUACGAUGUAGGUAUUUUGUUUGACUCCUACAUGAAAAGCUUUGUUCAGUAAGUUUGAUACACAAUGAGCAGGAAA